UCUCAUAUAAGGAACAUUUCUUGUCAACAGAGUAAAACAUCUUUCAUUUAGGAUCUUUGUCAGGCUGUGACGUCAAACAUCGCGCUGUCUCCUGCGCGAACUCUCGUUCGAAUCGCCUUUUUCCCCCACCCCGGACUUUUCUCUGUUUUUUUAAACUCCCAAACAGCUCCGGAGAUGAACAGCGUGGGGGAAGCUUGCACGGAACUGAAACGGGAGUACGACCAAUGUUUCAACCGAUGGUUCGCCGACAAGUUCCUAAAAGGAGAGCGCGGCGCCGAGCCGUGCGAGGACAGCUUCCGGCUGUACCAGCGUUGCGUGCAGAAGGCCAUCAAGGACAAGGACAUCCCGGUGGACGGCCUGGACUUCAUGGGUCCCAACAAGGACAAGCCCGAGAGCUGAAAAACACCAAAAAAUGACUAGAAAAUCCGGCAACAACAACAGUGCGCCAUGAGGCCAACUGAGCAUGCGCACUGGAUGAUGACACGUUUGUUAUCGUGUCUAUGAAAACUGCAAAUCAGCAUUUACAUGAGAUUUUUUGUUCACGCACCGAUUAUUGUCUAUACAUUCAAUCGGUACGAUAUUUGCCAUGUCGCAAAUACCAUUUCGUUACCGAAGCCUUUUUGUUGGGGAAUAAAAGAAUUGUCAAUGAACGGACGUCGAGCGCUGUCAAUGGCAGGUAAACUAGAGCUAACAGGAUUGAUUAGCAAACGACUUAAGCUACUUUGAUAAUCAAUAAAACUGUUUGAGGAUUAACCAACUUCUGAAUUGUCCAAAUUAUUUUUUUCACUCAAUAAGUUAUUUCAAUUUUAGUUUCCCUUUCAAAGAAAAAAAAGUGCCAAACAGUAAAAAGCACUGUUAAAUUUGGUUCAAAAUGGAAAAAAAAAACAAAAAAAAAAACAGCUGAUUUCUGGACGAAAAAAUUUACAUAAAUGUUACUGUAGCAUGCUGUAAUAUAUAUGGCGGAAAACACAGACAAGACUGAAAAAGCAGUUUCUGCCCUUGCACUCCUCUUUAAAAUAAACUAUUUUAAGCCAAAAGAACUGUUGUGUUUGAUAAAACAAUAUGUCUAUAUGCUGCCAUACGCAUUAUGCCUCCAAACUAUUUUUAAUCUCAGUUUUACCCUGGAAACCCCAGUUUACAGACGUCGCACAACCGCUUGUUUCAACUAAGCCAUAAAAACAAGGUUAUUUAUUAUUCAAAAUGUGUGUCAUUUUUAGCUUAGAAUCAUUCAUCGAUGUCUAAUAUUUCAUUUAAAGGAAAAAAACUUUUUUUAAAUUACUUGCAUAUUUUGAACUUUUAAGCAAAUUACAUCACAAUGGAAAAAAUUGGCGUCUGUAAAUAAGUCACAGAUAUCGUCUACCUCAUAACUAUCCCGUCACUGUAUUUUUUUCAUUACUGUCACUUUUUUCCCGAUAUUUUAGAUGAUAAUUGAUCCAAACAAAGAAAAAUUGGGGGGAAAAAAAAGUUUAAAAGGGUAAAUAUAGGAAAAAUCUCGACCACUCCUUGAUGUCUGCGAUUUCUACAUCGCGACCCUUGUUAUAUGACCAUGUUUCACCCAUAAAAUCCCCCAAAAAUCCGGCUCUGGCCAUUCUUAGCUGUGUCUUGAUACUCGGUGAUACAUGCUACAUGUAGUUUUGCAUCGAAAAGAGCGAUAAUAUCUUAUUAAAAUCAUGGCGUCUUUAAUCGUGCUCUCGCGU